UGAUGAUUACUUACAUCCUCCUCCUUCUAUCUCUUUUCCACCUACUGGCCAGCUGCCCUACUCUCUGCACAUGUCAAAAUAACGUUGUCACAUGUGUCGAGUCACUAUUGGAAGUUAUUCCACCUGGGCUACCUUCAGCUACACGUAUAUUAAAUCUAAGUGAUAACAGAGUGCAGAUACUGUCAGAAACCAGCUUUGCUGAGCUCUAUGAUCUCGAGGAGCUUUACAUAGAAAGCAACAUUAUAACAGCAAUACAUCGAGACACCUUCAGAAACAAUGUCAGAUUAAAAGUUGUGAACAUAAGAAACAAUCUGCUUUACGAGUUAUCAGAAUCUUUAUUUGAUAACAACAACCAUUUAACACACUUAGACGUAAGCGACAACCCCCAGCUAAAUCACAUCUCCUACCAACUUAUUCAGAAUAACUACGCUUUAAAAUCACUGAUAGCAAAUACCGUUGACUGCGAUUGUUCGAUGAACUCGUGGCACGAACCUUCACGCUCCUUCCAAAUGGAAAAUGCUCAGAUUGAUAUCACAUGCUUUAAUCCAAGUAACUACCGCGGGUACAGGAUUGAGGAUCUACCAGACCGAACCUUUGUGGGAUGUACCACCCCUACACCAGCGUUCUGUGCGCCAGGUGAGCUUCUGUGUGACGGAUGGGAUGGUUACAUGUGUCUUCAAGAAUCUAUGGUAUGUGAUGGAAACUACGAUUGUCAUGACAGAUUGGACGAGGAAGAUUGUGCCACCGCCACUACCGAGAUGGAUUGUGAGACACGUGACGACGUGUUUACGUGUGACAACGGGAGGUGUGUGUCAGAGCUGUGGGUGUGUGACGGCUAUGACGACUGCGAGGACUUUAGCGAUGAGCGUGACUGCGACAGUCCUGGGAAUGAAGUUACACUGUGCGAGGAUCAGUUCGAGUGUAAUAAUGGGAGAUGUGUGGAUCCCAACAUAAAAUGUGACGGUAAUAACGACUGUGGUGACUGGAGUGACGAAUCUAAAUUCAUGUGUGGAGAUUCAGAAGCAGGAAACAUAUGUCCAUCUGGUUGGAUCUGUGGUUCGGAUGGAGGCUGUAUCGACUACACUCAGAUCUGUAACGGAGUACAGGACUGUCCUGAUAAUUCUGAUGAGAUGAAUUGCUACGAUAACUGCACCUCUAAGUGUGAAUCAGAUGGUCGAUGUAUCAAGGACUCCUGGGUCUGUGAUACGGUGUUAGACUGCCAAGACGGAUCAGAUGAGGCUAACUGUGACUACCAUUGUGAGCACGAACAAGUGAAGUGCCUCAGUGGAGGCUGUGUCAGUUGUUCCUUUGUCUGCGACGGAUUUAACGAUUGUCAAGAUCAGCUGGACGAAACCUCCUGUGCGAUUUGUAACGGGUCUAUGUGCUUAGACAUGUCAGAAUUAGAGCAAACAAAAUCAGGAGUCACAACGAUCGUUAUUAUAGCAACGACAGUGUCAGCGUGCAUCUCCAUCACCUCGGUAAUCCUGUUUGUGGUGGUGUACCGUCAGCGGAGGAAGGCCAACACUCAGGACCCCCUCCAGCCCCCACUUUACACGGAAAUAGAUCACUCAUUCCGGAGUGAUGUACCCGGAACACCACCACCACGCUACAAAUCAGAACCCGACAUCGCAGCUCGGCUGAUGAGCGUAGAGACUUCCAGAGACAACCCUCACAGCCAGUACCGGCAAAUACAAGAGGGAAUUUGAAAUAUUUCACAAAAUGAAAAUUUAUUACAUUAAAUUUCUGUUUUUAAAGUGUUAAUGUUUUGCUGACAAAGCAACAGACGAUGUGUGAAUUAUCUGCAAUUAUUUAUUGCUGUCUCACAAAGAAGGAAACACGCCGGUGAAGGUAAUUGUGAUAAUAUGAGGUUUACUGUGGUCAAUGACAGAAACAAAAUCUGGCCUGACAUUGCCCUUAACCAGAUCUCAUGAACAUUUCUUCGGAAUUUCUCCCUAUUUUCUUUUUACGGAAAAUUCCAUAUUUUGAGACUGAUGUAUGCAUAUGUAUUUGUAUCACGCAAAUUUAGUGAUCGAUCUCUAAUGCUUCCUAUGAUUUACGAAAUGUGAUCACAAAAGGAUGGAAUUUAAUACAAGCUGUUGAGAGAAGGGUUGGUGUUUCUUUGAGGAAACACGGCUGUUAAACAAAUAAGUUAACAAGUUAAUUUAGAGUUUGUUUUAAAAUAUUGGUCCUUGGUCACUGGCGUAUCGAAUGGUCUUGCCGGCCCCGCUUGUAGAAGGCUGCGCUAUCUUAGGGGUGAUAAUUUUCGUCAUGUUACCAUUUUGAAAAAAUAAAAUUACUACUAGGAAUAUGACGGCGAGACGCAAUGUUACGCCACUGCUCAUCUGCCAAUAUUGAUAAGUCCACGAUGCAAUUCUAAAUUUUCUUGAUGAAAGUCGACCGAGGAUAAUAUAUUAUGUCGUCCGGUUAUUAACUGAUUAAAUUGAAAAUUCUUUCGUUGAUUGCUUUUGAUUUUAAAAUUUAAUUUGUGACUUGAUUAAUGGAGCCAAAUCUUGUAAAAUCCCACUCCUAUGAUUUGUAUAAAGGCUGUAAAGCUGCUAUAAUUCUUUUUAAUUGAAAAA